CACACCCGCUCCCGCCGCCGCCGCCUCAUGGAGCCGCACGGGCCCGCCUGCCCCGGCAGCGUCCUCUUCGGCUGUGAGCUGACUGCCAGUACCAAAUCCUACACAUUUCAGGUGGAUGAAGAAGAUGACUCUGACCACAUUUUAGCACUGUCUGUGGUGUGCCUCACUGAUGGUGCCAAGGAUGAGUGCAACGUGGUGGAAGUCAUUGGGCGAAACCAUGAGAACCAGGAGAUCGCUGUGCCUGUGGCAAAUCUGAAGUUGUCAUGCCAGCCCUUGCUGAGUCUGGACAACUUCAAACUGCAGCCUCCAGUGACCUUUCGCCUGGCAGCGGGCUCUGGGCCAGUGCACCUCUCUGGCUGGCACAGGAUCAUGCACAGGGAAGAUGCUUCCUUUGAGGAGGAUGAUGACUUGUCUGACGAGGAUGAGGAGGAGCUUCCUCCUAUUAUGCCAGCCAAGAAGUAGGAGGAGGAAGCAGUAACUCGUCUCCAGGCAAGGCUGUUCAAAUUCUUGGGGGAGCAGGGGCUGCUCCCAGCACUAGCCCUGGAGAGUGAUCCCACAAGUGGAUGGAUGCUGCUGGUAUAUCCCCAAUCCCUGUUCUGGGAGUUGUGCCUUUUUGCUGUCCUGGACCUCUGCUCUGUGCACUCCCUUUCCCUGGCUGUGAAAUACUCAGUCCUGGCCCCUUCUCCAGCAGAUGGAUGUAAAGCCAGCUGUGGAACAGGCACUUUCACUGAUUCUAACGUGUUUGCUUUUGCUUACUCACAGUUUGGUGCUUUUUAUGUACUUGGAAGUGUGAAAGAGGGGCCCAGGCUCUGUUCUUGACUGCAGUUAUGGUGGGGUGGGAGCUCACAGCCUGUCUGAUUUGGGGGAGGUUCUGGGUCAAUCUGCAUUGUAAAAAAACUGUUCUUACACUCAAUAAAGAAUCUCUUAGGCUCAGGUCUGAAGAAAGGU